GAAGAUGCUAUUCGUGUUACCUGAUAGCCCAUUGCUGUUGGCUUACUUUGAUAGACUACUACACCAACUCCUACUUCAAAUCAUCUGCACUACUAGAGAUAUAGAGCCUGCUUUUUGAAUAAUUGCUCAAUAAUUAAUAAAGAGAAAAAAUGGCCAAUUUGGAUGUUCCUCAGCUACAGAAGGAUUAUGCCGAUUCUGGUGAUGAAUGGCAUGAUGCCGAGCAGGAAAACACUAAUGUAGAACAAUCUGGAAAUAGCUCCUGUUCAGCUGUCGAGCAACAAUCUCACCAGUCAAAAAAUAUAAACGUCGAAGAACAACAGGGAGGAGGUAGUAGGUCGGCAAAUGCAAUAAAUCAUCGGAAAACAAUUCCAAUAGAAGCUCAAGUUAAUUCAACUCAUAAGCAAGAGUCAAAAUCUCAACAAAAGAUAGAGGAUUCUAAAAUGUCUGCACCCGGAGACGACGAGGAAACGGUGUGUUUAAAGUACCAGCCACACGCAUGGAAAAAAGGAGUUUGUAACAUUUGCUUUAAACCCCGGGAUGAGCACCCGGCUGAUGGUCAAGCUGAACCUGUGAUUGACGAAAGUCUGAGCCUUGCGGCGAAGCUGGAACAAGCAGCAAAACGCGUCAAAGAAUUGGAAUCGCAGAUCAAAGUUGUCAAACACAAUCACUCCGUCCUCGACGAACAAUACACUGAGCUCGAAGACAGUGUCCUUGAUAGGGAAGACCAAAUCCAGCAAGUUCGGAACGGCGCCGUACACGAAAUAAAAGACCUCGAAGAACGUUUAGGAAUGCUCGAAGAUGAAAAUCGUAAAUUGAAUAACAGACUACAGGAUGUACAAAAACGUAGACCAGUAAAGCUUUUCUAGAAUUGAAAAGCAGAUCUGUGAAAUCUCUAAAUAUUUGGUAAAACGAAGACGAGAAAGUCAAUAUGAGUCAAUGAUUUCGGGGUGAUAUGUGCGGUAAGGAUUGCAUAGCUGUAAGGUGAAACAACAUACGAACUCCAGGUGAGGGUUACGGAAUGUAAAAAGGCACUGCAAACUUAAACAACUGCUGAUAUACUGCUUCUUCACACCACAUGGAUGUAUCUACUCGUUUAAUUUCCAGAAUAAUUUAGAUGAAACUCAGAAUUACAAUUUACUCAAUACAGAACCAUAUCCGUGUAAUAUAUUUAAAAGGGGCUAUUUCGAUGAUUCGAAGCUAUUCGAAGUAAAAUGUUAGAGAGGCAUGCCAGAAAGGAAAGUACUGCAAUUUGUCUAACACAUCUGGUUAAUUUUGACGUGGAGAAACCAAAUUCCAUUAGUCUGGAUGUACAUUUUGAGUAUGGGAAAUCAACCCAAAAUUGUAGCUUUUUCUUAAGAUGAAACGGGUUCACAAAGAAGGCAUUGUAUUUAAUCUUCUAACUUGUAUGAAUUGUAAGUAACGUAGUUAUAAGGCCAUUAUUGCAUCAGGUAUGGUCGUCAUCGAAAAAUUAAUCUAAAUGAUGCCAAAAACCUGAGCGCCAUCAUGUGCACAAUGUUUAAACUAAGUCGUAGUGAUGCAAGAAAUUCACGAAAUCUAUUUUUGUACUAGUUUAUCAGAAACGUAUAUCUAGACUGGUGUUAGAUGAUUGUUAAAUAUUUUUCAUAUCUCAGCCUGGGAGCGCUCUUCCCUACCUGGCGCUGCGCAGGUUAGAUUAGGCCCUUCCAAAUGUUUGACACUCUACUACAGUGAUACCCUGUAUUGUGAAAACCAGGAGGGGCUAAGAUCAUAUUCAUUAAUAAAUAGUUUUACUGGAUCGUACAGUAUAGAUUAUUUUGCUGUCAUGAGAACGUAUGUCGCUCAGGAUUCUUUGCUAGGCAAAAUGAUUAAUAGAUGAUUAAUAGCGUGUGCAAGAGUGUAUCGUGCAAAAGUAAGAACUGAACAGCCGUUUUUGUUGAUGUUCCGCCAAAUUGGCUCCUAAGGAUGAGAACCAUGUAUUCCUUGAUGUAUAAUCAUCUCUCAGACCCGAAGUCUCCGUAUAUAACACUAAACAUGGAUGUGAUAACGUGGGGGGUAAGGAUAACGAACCUUUGAUGGUGACGAUAACACUAAACAUCAGCUCAAAUCUGAUGAUCGCUGAUGUUCAUAGGAAUCGAAAAUGCAAUUUUCCAUCCGUCCACGUUAUCUAAUCCAUUCCUUUCCCAUGUAUUACUCCUCAACUAAAUCUAUUAGGCUAUAUUAGACUCAAGGUACAUGUUGAUAGUCAAUGUAUGUAUGAACAUACAAAAUAAGAUGGGUAAAUGUAUGAUCCGGGUGUAUGAUAUUUUGUAAUGUAAUGACACAUAACGUGCAAUUGUAAAAAAA